AUGGCGUCCACCGCAGCGGCAGCACCGGGCACCCUCGUCCCAGCACAGCUCGGCUUCCUCGCCAUAUUCAACCCUUCUCUAGGCAAUACGGACGACACCAUCGACGACCAAAUCGUCUACUACGCGUCCGAGACCACACAGAGCCCGGGCAAGCGGCGGCGGCGCACCCGGGGACGUCCCACAGAGGCCAUUUCCCAGGAGGAGCGGCACGAGCGUCUGCGCCAGAUUGGCCUUGCGCAGGGCAUCAUCAACUUCAGCCGCGGCUUUGCAGACGAUGCGUCGCUGGACACCGUCGAUACAGAAAAGUCAAGGGUGAUUGCCCAUGAGCUGGAACCGGGAUGGUGGAUCCUCGCGAGCAUCAAUCUCACAAAAGUCCCGCUUCCCCCGCGCCUCGUCACCAAAUCUACCGCCAGCGAAGCGCGGCAAGGAAAAUACGACUACUCCAGCAGAGAGAUGAAACCGGCACCGCUCCUCGUACGAGACCUGCUGCGCGCGCACAGCAUCUUCCUCCUGCACCACGACACGUCGCUCAGCGCCUUGUUUGUGCGGAGCAGGCGCGCCAAAUUCACCGCCGUGCUCAGCCGCUACUGGGACCUGUUCCUGUCCACGUGGAAUGUCAUGCUACACGGGAACCCGGCGCGCAGCAUCUUUGGCGGCAUCAACGUCGCAGCCUCUGGCGAGCUCGGCGUCGGCGUGGGCGAGGAGGAGAGAGGCAGUGGCGAGCGCGAGGUCUUGGAGGGGCUGGUCGGCAGGAUAGAAGGCCUCGUCGAUCUUGUCGUAUCCAAGUUUGGCACCGAGGAGCCGGACGACGAGGUGAAGACGCACAGGGACAGCCCCGACGCCCAGCCUUGGUUGGGGACGGGCGAGGAGCCUGCAGCCGAGGACGGGGCCAUAUUUCUGGGCACGGGCGCCCUGAGCAGGAGGUCGGUGAGGGACGUGACGCAAUGGAUGGAGGACUUGUAUCAGUGGGGGGAUCAUGCGUACGGCGUCAUUGACAGUCCCACGUCGAUGAGAGGGAGGAGGGCGAGGAGGCGGCGAGAGUCUGUCGGCGACACCCGGGUGGCAAAGGCAGCUGCUCCAGCAAGCGCAGAUGAGGAGCGUCGUCAGAGGCAGCCGGAGCAGAUUCAAACCGAGCCCCAAAGCCAGCGGCAACCAAAGCAGGCGCAGAAAGCGAAGGACAGCCAGGACGCAGAUGCCCAAGAACAGCCGCCGCCCCCAGAGGCAGCGGGCGACCUCUCCUCCAAAGGCGGCUCAACACCGCCGCCCAGGGCGACCGAAGACGGCAAGCUCGACAAAAUGCUCAGCUACAUGAAACUGGGCUACGGCUCAUACUGGACCAUGCCCGGCUCAAGCAACUCCAACACGCCAACAAGACCACAAUCCGACAAGACGCCAGCCCCCUCGGACACCAGCACAUCCAAGCCCGGCGACAACGCGGCAGCAACGCCCUCCGCCUCGCCGGCGACGUGGCGGCCCAAGUUGCCCAAACGCUCCUCAUCCGACGCCGCCCACGGCCACUACCUCAUCGGCCUCAAAGGCAGCAUCUCCGAGCCGUCCUCGGACAGCGAACCCUCGUGCGGGUCCUCCACGCACAACAACUCGCGCACGCUCCUGCGCACCAUCAACAUUGAGCUCGAGUCGAAAGCCUCGUCCCCGCCCGCGACGACAAUCAUCAAAGACUUUGCCCACCCGGCCAGCCCCCUGACCCAGUCCCAAGUCGCAGGCAGCUUCCUCCCCGGCUACGCAUCCCACGACCUCAACAAGUCGGAAAAGCUCCGCGUGGUCGUCUACGUCAACCGCCCCUUCGUCUUCACCUUCUUCUUCAGGCUGCACACAGACUCGCUGGCCUGGGACUCGCUCUACCGCUCGCUGCACUACCAGCUCGCGCCGCUCAAGAAGCCGCUCCUCGCGUCCACGCGGUACCGCCCAGGACACGGCCAGGGCCACGGGCGCCCCGCCCCGGGCACCAUGUUCAAUCUCGUCUGGGACCCCAAGCAGCUCACCAGCCACUCGACGAUACCCAACAUUCCCGAGUCCUCGGCGUCGGAUGCGUGGUCGCGCGCCGACGCCGUCAACACGCACCUGCACCUGCUGAACAUCCACGCCUCCACGAGGCCGAGGGUGGCCGGGUCCGAGAGAACCCACAAGACGAACAGAGGCUGGUGGAUCGUCUGGACGCGCCUCCUCGGGACACCGGCGCCUGCUCCCGCUCCUGCUCCUGGUAGUGGCAGUGGCAGUGGCAGUGGCAGCGGCGCCGUCGCGCACGACGAGCAGCCACCCUCUCCAGGGCUGUCCGAGACUGAGGCCUCUCGAGAAGGCGGCGGCGGCGGCGCAGAGCAUGAGAACCAGGAGCACACCUCUGCGGUCAGCAAGGAAAUCUUCCUGAUCAGGAGGGCCAGCGACCACGCCGGGUUCCGGAGUCUGUCGGCAGGCGACGGCGGAGACGGUCCAGACAGCGCGAGCAACUUGGUCCAGGGCAUUGGCGUCGACACGCGGAGAUAUGUCGAGCAACUCCUGAGCUUCCUGUGA